UUAAUUAAUCUGGCAUAGACUAUAUUAUUUUUCUAUUACUUUCCCUUGUCUUUAACAUUCGAUUAAAAAAGAAACAACGACACAAACGGCUUAUAAAAUGGUGCAUUAACAAAUGGUAGAUAGUACCUAAAUGUGAAAUUGCCUCAGCACACACAGUGUAAAUAGUAUGUUGUUCCUUCAUGGUCUUUAGAUCCUACAGGUGGCGAUAUUUUCACUAGGCAUUGCUUCAAGUUGCAACACAAUGAACUUUGGUAGGAUUAGUUUUCAGGGCAUAACUGAAAGGACAAGUGUGCUGUGCCAGGUGGGAAAGAUUUUCAUAGAGGGUAAAAGUCAAAGCUGAAUUUGAGAAACCAUCAAAUGAUGUUUUGGUUGGAAGUCGGGACGUCGUUUAUUCAUCCACCUGAUCCAUAACAGCAUCAAGACAACGCCGCCGUGCUCACCACGCCUGUGUGCCUGCAUUUGUGUAGCCCCUCCUCUCUCUGCUGCAACUAUAAGACUGACUACUCACAGCACAAGAGAGCUGAGAGUCAGUGUGACACCAAACAGAGGAAAACGGAGGAUCUUCAGAGAAUAAACGAGUACAAGAAGGGAGCAAGUGGAGAAAAAGCUUAAACUAACAUUCCUUGGAUUUGUCAGGAGUGAAGAGACUGGGCCUGUGAUCAUGUCCCUAGGAUCUUAUUCUUGUGUUUGUCAGUAAACUAAGCAGGUUUUCUUUACUGUGAAGUGGAUCCUGCCUGAGAACAUUUUUCCUCUCUCUCUACUGUAGCACAAUGGAAGUUUUUAUUUAUAAACCUUUCAGUCCAGUUCAUGCUUUGGAAAUUUAUAUGUGUGUUGCUAUUUGAUUGAAUAGAUUCUGUCCAAAUAAAAAUGGUUGAACCAGUGGGGUUUGUGGAGGCAUGGAGAGCCCAGUUCCCUGAGUCUGAUCCCCCAUGCAUGGAGCUGAACUCACUGGGGGACAUCGAACAGGAGCUGGACAAGUGCAAGACAUCUAUCAAGCACUUGGAGAAGGAAGUAAAUAAGGAGCGCUUUCGAAUGAUUUACCUGCAGACCCUGCUUGCAAAAGAGAGGAAGUCUUAUGAUGGGGAGAGAUGGGGAUUUAAAAGGAUGCCCCAGACAAAUGACACAGAGCUGCCCUGUGGCUCAGACAGCCAGAGAUCCCACACAGAAGGGGGCCCAGUGGAGGAGCUGCAGCAUAGAGGGCCUGGCAAGACCGUGAAAUGUAAGCCAGAUCAGGAAGGAGAGGUGGACGGUGCAUCCCCAGCCAAGCAGAAGGGUGGGGUCUCACCUCUCCACCAGGAGUCUGAGAGUCCUGAUUUUCUAGUGGGCAUGGGGGCAGUGGCAGCUCUGAGAUCCAACUUUGAGAGCGUCAGGAGAGGCGACUCUUAUAUCGCCGGAGAUGGCAGAGGGCUGUCAGUGAUGGGCAGCCAGGAGAAACCCUUCUACGUAAACAUGGAGUACCACUAUGAGCGAGGGCUGGUCAAAGUCAACGACAGGGAGGUCUCUGACAAGAUCAGCACCCUGGGGUCUCAGGCCAUGCAGAUGGAGCGAAAAAGGUCCCUGCACUCCCUCCCAGGGAACCUGUCAGCUGCUACAGGGGACAUCAGCAAGGCUUUUCAGAGAGACAGAUCCACUGAGGGGAACUGCAGCUACAAUGGGUCAUAUAAUGACCCUGAGGUCAACCCACACUUCUUGAAAGACAACGGGAUCCGCUCCACUGGGGGGAAGUCUGAGCGACAGCCACCAGAAUGCCAGCCUUACACCAGUGUUUAUAUUGGGGCAAUGAUGGUUGAUGGGGACACUCGAGUCAUCCAAAUUAGAGACCACAACAUAGAGGAGGAUGCAAAUCUCACCUGGCCAAGGUGCUCCUACUCUCCCGGCAGCUUCGAUGAUGUAGGAGGAGGCUACACACCAGACUGCAGCUCCAACGAGAACUUAACAUCCAGUGAGGAGGACUUCUCCUCAGGCCAGUCCAGCCAUGUGUCUCCCAGCCCCACUACCUGUCAGAUGUACAGGGAGAAAAGCCGGUCUCCCUCCCAGCACUCCCAGCAGUCCUUUGAAAGCAGCAGCCCGCCCACGCCUCUGUCUCAGAAACACCUGAAGCAGCAGGUGAUGGUUUCUGAAGCCUCCAUCAUCGGGGUCCGUAAAACAGGCCAGAUCUGGCCCAUUGAUAGGGACUCGAGCACAUCCAGCAGGAUCUGUCAAGACAGCGAUGUUCAAGGAGAUCUGGAGGGUCCCUAUAAUGAGACCCCUCUCUCAUAUGGAUAUGACCUGGAGCACUCAGAGGAGCACCAGCCUUGUCAUGACCCUUUGUGCUACACUAGAUCUCCUUCCUCCUCGCCACGUCUCCGCUCAAAGAACCGGAGCAGCCAAGACACUCAAUCCUCCGGCUCACUGGAGUCCACACUGUCGGUGGAGUUGGACCAGGAGAAGGGGCUAGAGAUGAGAAAGUGGGUUCUGUCAGGAAUCUUGGCCAGUGAGGAGACCUAUCUCAGCCACCUGGAGGCCCUACUUAUACCUAUGAAGCCUCUGAGGGCUGCAGCCACCACUUCCCAACCAAUGCUGACCAUCCAGCAAAUAGAGACCAUCUUCUUCAAGGUACCAGAGCUUCAUGAGAUUCACAAGGACUUCUAUGAUGCACUGCUGCCCAGAGUCCAGGACUGGAGCCACCAGCAGUGUGUGGGCGACCUCUUCCAGAAAUUGGCCAGCCAGCUCGGAGUGUACCGGGCCUUUGUGGAUAACUAUAAGGUUGCUGUGGAGACGGCUGACAAGUGCUGCCAGGCAAAUGCUCAGUUUGCAGAGAUAUCUGAGAAUCUGAAGGUCAAAAGCACAAAGGACUGUAAAGACCAGUCGGCUAAAAAUUCCCUGGAAACUCUUCUUUACAAGCCUGUGGACAGAGUGACACGCAGCACACUCGUUCUUCAUGACCUCCUGAAACACACGCCCUGCAGCCACCCGGACUAUCCGCUGUUACAGGACGCCCUACGCAUCUCUCAGAACUUCCUGUCCAGUAUUAAUGAAGAGAUCACCCCUCGUAGACAGUCCAUGACAGUUAAAAAGGGAGAGAACCGUCAGCUGCUGAGGGAUCGUUUCAUGGUGGAGCUGGUCGAAGGUUCCAGGAAACUCCGUCAUGUCUUCCUCUUCACCGACCUGCUGCUCUGCACCAAGCUGAAGAAACAGGCUGCAGGAAAAGGACAGCAGUAUGACUGUAAGUGGUACACCCCACUGGCUGACCUGACCUUCCAGGCCAUUGAGGACUGUGAGUCCACCCCCAUCCCUCUGGUCCAGGAUGAGGAGAUCGAUGCUCUGAAGGUGAAAAUCUCCCAGAUGAAGAAUGAGAUCCAAAGAGAGAAGAGAGCCACCAAAGGACCUAAGGUGAUUGAACGCUUGAGGAAGAAGUUGGCAGAACAAGAAUCUCUGCUGCUUCUCAUGUCCCCCAACAUGGCAUUCAGAGUGGCCAACAGAAAUGGCAAGGGUUUCACAUUUCUCAUCUCUUCUGAUUAUGAACGUGCUGAGUGGAGGGAGAUUAUUCGUGAGCAGCAGAAGAAGUGUUUUAAAAGCUUCUCUUUAACCUCUCUGGAGCUGCAGAUGCUCACUAACUCAUGUGUGAAGCUCCAGACUGUUCACACCAUUCCAAUGACCAUGAAUAAGGAAGAUGAUGAAUCUUCUGGUUUAUAUGGCUUCCUGAAUGUCAUCGUCCACUCUGCAUCAGGGAUCAAACAGAGCUUAAACCUUUACUGCUCUCUGGAGGUGGAUUCGUUCGGUUACUUUGUCAACAAAGCCAAAACACGGGUGUAUAGAGAUUCCACAGAGCCCAGCUGGAACGAGGAGUUUGAGAUUGAAUUGGAGAGCUCACAAACCCUGAGGCUGCUCUGCUAUGAGAAGUGCUGCAGCAAAGCCAAGCAGAGCAAAGAGGAUGGAGAGAUCACAGACAAGAUUAUUGCCAAAGGACAGAUAAAGCUGGAUCCUCAGACAUUGCAGAAUAAAGACUGGCAGAGGACAGUCAUCACCAUGAAUGGGAUUGAGGUGAAGCUUUCGAUGAAAUUCACCAGCAGAGAGUUCAGUCUGAAGAGGAUGCCUUCACGGAAACAGUCCGGCAUCUUUGGAGUGAAAAUCAACAUAGUGACUAAGCGAGAGCGCUCCAAGGUCCCCCUCAUUGUGAGACAGUGUGUGGAGGAGAUUGAGCGACGAGGGAUGGAGGAGGUGGGAAUCUACAGAGUGUCUGGCGUCGCGACUGACAUCCAGGCACUGAAGGCUGCGUUUGAUUCAAACAACAAGGAUGUGUCUGUCAUGAUGAGGGCCAUGGACGUAAAUGCCAUUGCCGGAACACUGAAGUUGUAUUUCCGCGAGCUCCCAGAGCCUCUGUUCACUGAUGAGUUGUACCCCAACUUUGCCGGAGCCUUCGCUCUGUCUGACAGCGUGGCCAAGGAGAGCUGCAUGCUCAACCUGCUGCUGUCUCUACCAGAGCCCAAUCUUGUCACCUUCCUCUUCCUGCUGGAUCACCUAAAAAGGGUGGCUGAAAAUGAGAGCAUCAACAAGAUGUCUUUGCAUAAUCUGGCCACGGUUUUUGGUCCCACUUUGCUUCGACCCUCUGAAAAAGACAGCAAAAUCUCCAACAGCUCACAGCCAAUCUCCAUGAAUGACAGCUGGUCUCUAGAAGUCAUGUCUCAGGUUCAAGUCCUCCUCUACUUCCUUCAGCUGGAGGGCAUUCCAGCACCUGACAGCAAACGUCAAAGCCUUCUUUUCUCUACUGAAGUAUAACAGGCACAAUAUACCCUUGUCCAUAAAGCUCCUGUUCAGGGGGAAAAUGUCCAUAGCACAAUGAGGUGAAUGCUACUGAGCAGCCAUGGCUGGUUUGUUUAUGCUGAGGAUGCUUUAUUCUGCCACCAGGGGGAACUGUCAACACAUUGUAAACUGGACACAACCACCAUGACCAAAGCCAUUUCUUUUGAAGAUGUGAUAAGAGUGUGUGCUGUUCACUUACAGGCUCACCUGCUGUGUCAUUAUGGGGCAUCCCUAAAUGAUGCAUGGACAAAAUAUAUCGCUCCUUUAUUAAUUUAAAUCUGAACAUGCAUUAUUUGCUGUACUUUAAUAUGUUCCCCUGCCUUGUUUUGUCACUGUACACAUGAGCUCUGUGUUCCCAGAUUGGGAUCACUGUUGUUGUUGGAUUUAUUUCUGUGGAUGGAUGAAUGGUUGGAUGAACUGAAAUAUAUAUUUUUCAUGUGUAUACAUAUUUUUUUUUCUCAGAAAUGUUUGAGUUGGUUGAAAGCUGGCCUGUGCCAAUGUUUCCCUGUUGAGGACCAAUAGCACAUUUCAUUUACUCUAAUGUUUACACUUAUAACUUUGUACAGAAUUAGAAGUAUGAGACUGAAACCUGUACAAUUCACAACAUGCAGGCAUGUUGACCAGACCAUUUGAAAUGUGUCCUUAUCCAGUUUGCAGAUUCUCCUGGUGGUGUCCAAGUACAUUUUUGUGUAUGUGAUAUGAGUGCUUCUUUGGAGGUGGUCCAGAGAAAUGAAAGGCAAAUCAUUCCAGGAAAAGGUGUGGCCUGAUUCUCCCACCCAGAGAAAUGUAUAUUCUGCUGUGUGUAAUUUUGAUUUCACUGUUGUCUUUUGUCCAUACAUCAUAUGUUUUUGUCCACAUUGUUUUAGACUGAUUUGAUUUCUUCGGGUGGAGUUAAUGCAUGUGUGUUACUUUCUGCAUUCCUUGUUUGUAAUCUUCUACUUUUAUAGGGCAAAACCACACUGCUGUAGAGACGAGAGCACCUGAGAUGAUCUGAAGUACCAAAUUUUCCCUAGUAGGAUCCUUUAAGCACAGUGAUCACAUCUAAAAAUCCUGAGUUAAUAACAGCUUUUUCAUCCACAUACCUAGUAUAUGUUUCAAAUCUCUGUGGAAAUAUACUGUGUGCGUAAAUACUUUUUUUCCCAAUCACCACAAGUAUACACUUGUUAGCACAGAUUGUAAGCUGCAGUGCUUAUGAUUCAUGUAAAAUAAGUAAUAACUUAGUCGUUCUUAAGGUAAUGACCAGUGUGUCAUGUAUGUAUGAUUUCUGUAAAUAAAAGUUGAUAACAUA